GAUAAUUUAAGGUUAAAACUAAAUGUUGCAUUAUAAAUAUAACAUAUUUUUAACAUUUAUGAAAUACAACAAUAUGCUCACUUGUAAAAAUAUGCUUAAGUGAUGCAUGAAUUUUUAUUACACAAAUUGCAAUAAAAUUUUAAAUUUAUAUUCAACACAUUAUGGUAAUAAUAAUAACCAAACAAAAUGAUCAACACAGAUGAUUGCUUCUCUGAUUUGGCAUCUAUACACGCCGAUCCACCUUUAAUGCGAGACAUUUGUUCAAAAUGCCAUCGACCGUGUACAGUAUGCUACUGCAGUUGGUUACCAGUACCACCAAUGUCUCCUAAAAGCAGAAUAAUCCUUCUGCAGCAUCCCGCCGAAGAAAAAAGGUGCCUUAGAACUGCCACUAUGCUACAAUUAGGUUUAGAACCAUCGAAGUGCUUGGUAUUCAAAGGAAAACGAUUCCCCGGAAAGUACACUGUACUCGAAGACCUUCUAAAUGCUCCAAACACGAUUCUCUUAUACCCAAGUGGUAAAUCGGUCGAAGUACAGAGAGUACAAGAAACUAAUUCUUAUGAAUCAUAUAAUAUUGUGAUAUUAGAUGGAACAUGGCCUCAAGCUAAAGCUAUUUACACGGGAAGUCCCAUUUUGCACAACUUGAAGCAAGUCAAGUUGCUCGAUCACGAUAUUAGUAGUUAUAUUAUAAGAACACAGCCUACUGACGGCUGUCUUAGCACAAUAGAAACGGCUGCAUUGGCGUUGGACUCGUUAGAAAACGAUACUAGGUACAAAGAACUCUUACUAGCACCGCUCAAAGCUAUGUGCGAAUUUCAAUUGAAAAACGGAGCCGUAUCGCAUCAAAGCAAGGAGUUCAGGAUAAAAAACAACACUUAUCCCAAAUUGAUCGGCAAACGAUUGAACAAAAUACUUCAAGAAGCAGAUAGAUUUAAGAAUGCAGAUAAUGUAGAGUAGAUAGAAUAAAUUGCAAAUUUAUAAC